UUGUUCUUCUCAGACCUCGCUCGCGCCUUGGCGGUUGGUUGUUGCAAAGAUCGUUGACCUUUUCCCCUUACAUUACAUGUACCAUGAUCCGCCCUGCUACUUCAUUGCUGCUGCCCUCCAAGGGUCCACGGCAUCAUUAUCAUCGUGCUACCCUUGUGAGACGAGCCUUCUUUGCGACGAGAUCCGCUGCUACCGACGACAAGAACGAAAAGAUACCCUUUUAUGGAUUGCCUCGUCCACCGCCUAGCAAGAACCCGAGUGACUCUUUCCAGAAACGACUCUCCGUGGCAGUCAAUUCCGCCGCCACGGCUUUUCGAGAUCCCACUCGUGACGAUGCCGUGGCGGCAUUGGGGGAAGUGACGGGGACGCUGGCAUUGCAACGGAUCCUGCAACAAAUGCGACAACAUCCCACCGGAAAAAUCAUCUUGCAAGAAAAACCCAUCGUCACCAAGGCUACCAUUCCCUACGAAAAAUACCUGGAACAAGCCCGUGCCAUUAAUAAUGACAACACGGAUCCAGCCGAAAUCACCUUUGGACAAGCCUACGGACAGUUCCUGCUGCAUCAUGAAUUCGAUCCGGACGAACGAAAACCGGUGGCGCACAUUGCAGCCAAUCAACAAGAUGCCGAAGAUUUGGCUUAUAUUAUACUGCGCUAUCGACAAUGUCAUGAUUAUUGGCAUGUACUGACGGGAUUGCCGCCCACCGUGUUGGGAGAAUUGGGGCUCAAAUGGCUCGAACUCUUUCAAACCGGAUUGCCCAUUGCGGCGUUGAGUGGUACCGUCGGAUCCAUUGGAUUGCCCUAUGCGCAAUUUGAUAUUUUGUGGAAUCAAUACCUGCCGUGGGCCACGCGGAUUCAUCGACAGUUGCAGGCAAAAGAUCCACAUGGAGGGUCCAUUCUGACAAUUUACUACGAACGAGAAUUUGAUACGCCCUUGCAGGAAUUGCGAGACCGCAUUGGAAUGGAACCAGCACCGGAACUUAUUGAUUCCUAAUGGAUUGAUUGAUGAAAUCAGUUUCUGCUCCUGCAAGUAAUAAUAACAGAUAGAAGAUUUUUAGAUUGAGAUCGCUGGUAUUAUUUGCAGCCUCCUGUAUUGCCAACU